AUGUCGAAUCUCAAAAGAAGUAGAAUAGAUUAUGAAUCAACAGAGAAAAUUAAUGUGACAGUUAACAAUAACAGUAGACAGUUAAAAAACAAAAAGAAUGAUGAGAUUUCAAUAUCAGAGAAAACAUUGCAAACAUUGAUGAAGGGAGCUAAUAAAAAUACAAAUAGUGUAAAAGAUGUUGAAAUGCCACAGGCCUACCAUGAUCACUUUAAAGCUAAUGGUGUGGAUAAUUCAGAUUGUGAAAUCUGUUCAUACACUAAAACUAAAGUGUGCAGAUGUCCUUCUUGUACUCAUAAGCUGUGCCCAGAUUGUGCUAAGCAAUGUAAAGACUGUGAGGAUAUCUUUUGUAAAAAGUGUUGUAUAACAAAUGACUCUCAUCACCAUCAUAAUAAUCAAUGUUGCACACUUGCUGUUUGUUGUGAUAUCCACAGUUAUGAUCAAAGAGACGAUAUAGAUUAUUGUAUUGAUUGCUACCACGAAAAUCACAAAAAAUAA